GCCGCGCCCCCCGCGCUGCCAACCCGAGAGCCCGCAUCAUGGAUGUCGAGCUCCCCUAUUUCGCUUUGCUGGCCCUGGAAUUCGAGACCCUAGACGAGGACCAGGAUUCAUGAACCGGUCUCAGGGGCCCGGGCAGGAGCCUCUGGCUCCCGACGGUGGCCGAGAGGUGAUGAGUGCGGUUCGAAGAACGGAAAAUUUAAAAAGCAACCCGGGCCUCCGUAUUGAAUGAAAGACCCAGUGCGAAGACAUCACCAUGAACACAAGCAUUCCCUAUCAGCAGAAUCCUUACAAUCCCCGGGGCAGCUCCAGCGUGAUCCACUGCUACCGAUGUGGAGACACCUGCAAAGGGGAAGUGGUGCGUGUGCACAACAACCACUUCCACAUCCAGUGCUUCACCUGUCAAGUGUGUGGCUGUGGCCUGGCCCAGUCAGGCUUCUUCUUCAAGAACCAGGAAUACAUCUGCACCCAGGACUACCAGCAACUCUAUGGCACCCGCUGUGACAGCUGCCGGGACUUCAUCACAGGGGAGGUCAUCUCUGCCCUGGGCCGCACCUACCACCCCAAAUGUUUCGUGUGCAGCCUGUGCAGGAAGCCUUUCCCCAUUGGAGACAAGGUGACCUUCAGCGGUAAAGAAUGCGUGUGCCAGACGUGCUCCCAGUCCAUGGCCAGCAGUAAGCCCAUCAAGAUCCGCGGACCCAGCCACUGUGCUGGGUGCAAGGAGGAGAUCAAGCACGGCCAGUCACUCCUGGCGCUGGACAAGCAGUGGCAUGUCAGCUGCUUCAAAUGCCAAACCUGCAGUGUCAUCCUCACUGGGGAGUACAUCAGCAAGGAUGGCGUUCCAUACUGCGAGUCUGACUACCACUCCCAGUUUGGCAUUAAAUGUGAGACUUGUGACCGAUACAUCAGUGGCAGGGUCUUGGAGGCAGGAGGGAAGCAUUACCACCCAACUUGUGCCAGAUGUGUACGCUGCUACCAGAUGUUCACUGAAGGGGAGGAGAUGUAUCUCACAGGUUCUGAGGUGUGGCACCCCAUCUGCAAGCAGGCAGCCCGGGCAGAGAAGAAGUUGAAGCAUAGAAGAACAUCUGAAACUUCCAUCUCACCCCCUGGAUCUAGCAUUGGGUCACCCAACCGAGUUAUCUGCGCCAAAGUGGAUAAUGAGAUCCUUAAUUACAAAGACCUGGCAGCUCUCCCCAAGGUUAAGUCCAUCUACGAGGUACAACGCCCCGACCUCAUUUCCUACGAGCCUCAUUCCAGAUACACGUCCGACGAGAUGCUGGAGAGAUGUGGCUAUGGAGAGUCGCUGGGAACGUUAUCUCCCUACUCCCAGGACAUCUAUGAGAACCUGGACCUCCGCCAGAGACGGGCCUCCAGCCCAGGGUACAUCGACUCCCCCACCUACAGCCGACAGGGCAUGUCCCCCACCUUCUCCCGCUCGCCACAUCACUACUACCGCUCUGGGGCUGAGAGUGGCCGGAGCUCUCCAUACCAUAGCCAGUUAGAUGUGAGGUCCUCCACUCCGACCUCUUACCAGGCUCCCAAGCAUUUUCACAUCCCAGCUGGAGACAGUAACAUCUACCGGAAACCCCCGAUCUACAAACGGCAUGGUGAUUUGUCUAUAGCAACCAAGAGCAAAACAAGUGAAGACAUCAGCCAGGCCUCCAAGUACAGUCCAGCCUACUCACCAGACCCCUACUAUGCUGCAGAGUCUGAGUAUUGGACCUACCAUGGGUCCCCCAAAGUGCCCCGAGCCAGAAGGUUCUCAUCCGGAGAAGAGGACGACUUUGACCGCAGCAUGCACAAGCUCCAGAGCGGAAUUGGCCGGCUUAUCCUGAAGGAAGAGAUGAAGGCCCAGUCCAGCUCCUACGCGGACCCCUGGACCCCUCCGCGGAGCUCCACCAGCAGCCGGGAGGCCCUGCACACAGCUGGCUACGACAUGUCCCUCAAUGGCUCCCCUCGGUCGCACUACCUGGCUGACAGCGAUCCUCUCAUCUCCAAAUCUGCCUCCCUGCCUGCCUACAGAAGAAAUGGGCUGCACAGGACACCCAGUGCAGACCUCUUCCACUACGACAGCAUGAAUGCAGUCAACUGGGGCAUGCGAGAGUACAAGAUCUACCCUUAUGAACUGCUGCUAGUGACCACACGAGGAAGAAACCGACUGCCCAAGGAUGUGGAUCGGACCCGUUUGGAGCGCCACCUGUCCCAGGAAGAGUUCUACCAAGUCUUUGGCAUGACCAUCUCCGAGUUCGACCGGCUGGCCCUCUGGAAGAGGAAUGAACUGAAGAAGCAAGCCCGGCUAUUCUAGGCAGAGGCACUAUAAAUAUAUAUGCAUUUAUAUAAAGAUAUAUGUAAAAUCUCUAUACUGAAGCUCGGUAUAAUCCUCUCUGUGUAAUGGGACACACUGCCUGCCAUAAGACUUGCUUUUCUGUACUGGGUCAGGCAAGCUCACGUCAUCAAGAUAUUUUUAUGCUCCUUAACUUUCUCUUUUCUAAGUGCUGUGGGAUCUGGGAAGGGAUUUGAGGGGACUCCAUCCUUUUAAAGGAGCUCCUUUUUAUACUGAAACAUCUGUCCUAACCUGAGUCCCCCAAGGUCCAACACUCUUUCCUAAAGAAGGUGCCUAAUGAAGUCUCUCUUCUCUCUGCUUCUGGGCCCUAUUCCCAAGUCCCUAGGACUGAUGCUGACCAUGUGGUUUUCACACAUUAUUGGCCCCAGAAGGGCCCUCCCAUGGGAAGAUCCCUGGCGAUCUUCCAAAAUCACUGAGGUUUGAGAGCCCGUAAAGAACUUUCUCAACACCCCCAAGUAGAAGGUCAGUGCUCUCUGGGGACAAAUGCAGUUUGAAGUAUGAACCUCAAACCUCCUAGUUACCCCAGUAAACAGACAUGGAUAGGGCCUAGGCCUCUCCUCAGCUCUUCAGGCCUCCUUCUCUGCCCCGGAUUGCAACUUGUCCCUGGUCCAAAUCUGGGACUCGCAGUUUUCUCCCUGGUCCAAAUCUGGGACUCGCAGUUAGGAAAAGAAAAAAGGCACUUCCCUUCCCUCCAUCAUUUCCAGUUGUCCCCUUUGCCUGGCCUGGACCUGGAGAACCAGAGGAAGGGAGCAGGAGACAAAGCAGGGCACCUGUUAGAAUCGGAGCUGCAGGACCUCGAGGAUGCUCCUCUUUCCCUCACUGCUCCCAGCACUUCCCAACCCUGCUCCCUUUCAAGGAGAGGCCCAGUACUGCAGCCCGUAUUCUUCAGCCUUAUUGCAAUCUAUGUGCCUGACAACUCAACACUGCACAGGGCUAACGUUGCCACCCUAGCUCCAACAAAACAACUAGACAGAAGACUCUACCCACCCUUCUAGAGGGAAAAAAGGCCAUGUCCCAAAGAAAAAUUCUCAGUCUACAUCUCUGGUCCCUGGGCUGGCAGGACAACCAUUCUGGACCCUCACCAAUCCUCAGCUCCUGCCACAUAUGUGGCCAUGUUUCAUGGGAGAAGCUUCCAGAAGAGUGGCUGCUUCUGAGAUUCUAAAAGGAAGCAUUUGUUAGCCAGCACCAUCCAAAGUCAUCCUGGAUCUCUCAAUGGCUGCCUUUCCUGCUGCCUUGCCUCCUUGCCUUCUGGAAGAGAGGUGAAAGAUUAACCUUCUCUCCCUCCCUCUCCAAAUUUUCAAACAUGAAUUGGUUGUUGGUGGGGGCAGAUUCCUUUCUGGAGAUGUCUUGAGUCAAACCAUUUUGAGGCCAUGGGGAAAGGAUGAAGAAAUGGAAAUGAUUAUGACUCUCAAGAGGCUGAUGAUGUAAAUGGCAAAUGCAGAACUGACUUAAAUUCCACAAGCCCUCACUGAGCACCUGCUAAUGCUGAGCACCUGCUGAAUACUGAGCACUGGAUGGGGGAGGGGAGCACUGGGAUGAAUCCACAGGGGCCCUGCCCACUGGGAGUGGGUAUCAUGAGGCAUAUACCCAAGCAUAAUGGAUGUAAGGCAGAAAGUGGUCAGAGAAGGCACGAGAAAGUGUGUGUGUGAUGUUACUGAAAAGGUGUGUAUGCAGUUGGAGCAGACCAAGGAAAGCUUUCUGGAAGAAUUGCAUCUGAACAAAAUUCAGGAAGGAUCUUGGUAAACUGGGAGGAGACUCUAAGUUGAGAGGGUGAUAAGUGAGGGGUCAGAAGGGAAGUCUGAUGUGCUCUCAUUUACCACGUCAGCCUUCCCUACAAUGUCUCUUUUUUGGCCAAUGUCUUCUGACUUUCCUGACCCUUUGAAAUGUCCCCAGACAGACGCAAUCAUUGAAACUGCCUCAUUAUAACUAGUUGAGAACUUGGCGAGAUUGAAGGGCUUUUGUUAUUGUUGUUGGAUAUUUUUUUUCCCAUAAAAGCACAUCAUUUCAACCC